AUGUCUUUGCGAAUAGGCAGCUUUGCCGUGCGCUGCUACCACGACUGCACGAAUGCAGCAGCAAUUCACGCUGAGAUGAAGCGACGCCACAUCGACGCCGCCGUCGUGGAUCAUGUCUUCCUCUUCUCCCCGCUGCAGCUUGCUGUGGCGCUGUUUCGGGUAGAGGCAAGUGCUGACGCGUUGGCAACUCGAGUACCGUCCACCAUUUCCCUUCUCUCUGCAGAGGCGCCUUCGCCAUCUUCAGCAUCAACGGAUGCAUCACUGCCAUCGCCGCCGCCCCAGCAGCAGCAGCAGCAGUUGGCCCAUCGACUUUCGAGCAGUCGCCAAAUCUUCGCUGCACUGUCCCUCUCACACAACUUGGACCGCAUCCUGCAGGUGCUCCCCCCCGGGCCACAGACAACCAGCGUGGUCAUUAUCUACAAGUACUCUGGAAGUACGCACCCUGCUGCUGUGUCCGCUACAGAUGACGUGAGGGCUGACAGCGUGGUAGCGUCUGCGGUGCAGGACGGCGAGAACCUCGAUGCCAUCAUCCACGCCUGUGUACAGGUGACGAACAGCACCGCACAGUCCCACACGUUUGCCCCCAUCACGGAGCCCUUCUGGACCGGCUCAGCCUUUGCGCUUGCCGAUGCGUCGAAGGUGGCUCUUUUCUACGGCAUCGCUGCUGCACUGACCGAGGUGAUGCACGAGGGUGGGAUCUCGAGUACUCCCAUUGCGCGCUUUCAGUCGGUAGCCCAACUGGACGCUCUGGAGCAGAUCGCUGCGGCGGCUAUCUUGAAAGAGCAGCCGAAUAUGAGUACCGCCCUACCCGACGGCGCGACUUGA